AUGGCUGCUCCCAGCGUCCCCGAAAUAAAAUCAACUUUAACCUUAUCAAUUCGAGGAAAGCCAGAUUUAUAUCUCAUUUCCGAAGAAGAUACCAUUUAUGAGCAGGAUAUCCUUCGCGAACCGGACAGCACGAAACCUUGGUUGGCAUACAUUGAGUUCAAAUUUCAGCAUGGCACACAACUUGAGCAAUCGUUCGUUUUGGAACGAGCUUGUUUACAAUUACCAAGAUCUUAUAAGCUAUGGAAAAUGUACCUUACAUUACGAAUGAAGCACUUGGGAAAGCUGAAUUCUGCAGCUUUUGCUUCCGAGUAUGCCAAAGUUAACGCGCUAUACGAAAGAGCCUUGAUUUUACUGAACAAGAUGCCGAAAAUCUGGGAAAUGUAUCUUCAAUUCUUAUUACUCCAGCCCCUCGUCACUCUCACGCGCCGAACCUUCGAUCGAGCACUUCGAGCUUUGCCCAUCACACAACAUAAUAGAAUGUGGGCUCUAUACCGUCCUUUUGCAAAUUCCGCGUCCGGCUCUACGGCUGUCAAGAUAUGGCGACGCUACAUGCAGAUCCAUCCGGAGGAUGCCGAAGAUUUUAUCGAAUUAUUAAUUGAGAUGAAACUUUAUACGGAAGCCGUUAAGAAAUAUAUGGAUAUACUUAACAAUCCAAAGUUCCGCAGCAAGCAUGGAAAGGGACAUUACCAAUUAUGGAGUGAGAUGGUAGAUCUUCUUGUAUCGCAUGCCAAGGAAGUCGAAACUGGAGAUGAAGUCGGAAUUGAUGUUGAGAAAAUCAUUCGAAGUGGCAUUGAUAGAUUUGCGGAUCAAAGAGGGACAUUAUGGUCUGGCCUAGCGACAUACUGGAUUACCCGGGGUAGUUUUGAACGAGCACGAGAUAUUUUCGAAGAGGGCAUCACAACAGUUAUGACCGUUCGAGAUUUUACCUUGAUAUUCGAUUCAUAUGCCGAGUUCGAGGAGUCGAUCACUGGAGUCCUGAUGGAAGCUGCUGCACUUCGAUCGGAGAAGGGUAUCGUGGAUGAAAACGCCGACUUUGAUCUGGAUAUUCGGAUGAUGAGAUUCGAACAACUCAUGGAUCGCCGACCAUUUUUGUUGAACGACGUUUUGUUACGCCAGAAUCCAAGCAAUGUACCUGAAUGGAUGAAACGUAUUUCUCUGUGGGGGGAUAACAAAGUCGAAGUGGUUAAAGCGUAUACCGAUGCGAUUGCUGCUAUUCAGCCGAAGAAAGCCGUUGGGCAGUUUCACGAGUUAUGGUCAAAUUACGCCAAGUUCUAUGAGGAGGGUGGGGAUUUACGUAACGCUCGUAUUAUCUUUGAGAAGGCUGUGAAAGUACCUUUCAAGUCUGUGGCUGAACUUGCUGAUACUUGGAUUCAAUGGGCAGAGAUGGAAUUACGAAAUGAGAAUUUUGAUGAAGCCGUAAAAAUCAUGGCAAAGGCAGUCCAAGCACCGAAGCGAUCUAAUGUUGACUACUUCGACGAGACCCUCUCACCUCAGCAAAGAGUACACAAGAGCUGGAAGUUGUGGAGUUUCUAUGUAGACUUGGUGGAAAGUGUUAGCGGCUUGGAAGAGACCAAGAAGAUUUACGAACGAAUAUUCGAACUUCGCAUCGCAACGCCACAAACUGUUGUCAAUUACGCCAAUUUAUUAGAGGAAAACAAAUACUUCGAGGAGUCAUUCAAGAUCUAUGAAAGAGGGCUUGAUCUUUUCAGCUAUCCGGUAGCAUUCGAACUUUGGAAUUUAUACUUAACCAAGGCAGUUGAUCGAAAAAUCGGGAUCGAACGACUUCGGGAUUUAUUCGAGCAAGCCGUUGAAGGAUGUCCGCCCAGAUUUGCCAAAGUAUUGUAUCUUAUGUAUGGAAAUCUCGAGGAAGAGCGAGGACUCGCAAGACACGCGAUGAGAAUUUAUGAGAGAGCAACUCGGGCUGUCUCUGAUGGGGAUCGUGCAGAUAUGUUCAAUUUCUAUAUCACCAAAUCAGCCUCCAACUUCGGUCUACCUUCAACACGACCAAUCUACGAAAGAGCCAUUGCGGCAUUACCAGACAAAGAUGCCAGAGAUAUGUGUCUAAAGUUCGCCGAUAUGGAGAAACGAUUGGGCGAAAUCGAUCGUGCAAGAGCAAUUUAUGGACACGCAUCACAAUUUUGCGAUCCGCGAACGAGCCCAACAUUUUGGUCAAAAUGGGAAGCUUUCGAGGUUCAACAUGGUAAUGAGGACACGUUCAAAGAGAUGCUUCGUAUCAAGAGAAGUGUUCAAGCACAAUACAAUACUGAUGUUAAUUACAUUGCUUCUCAAGCUCUUGCUCGAAGUCAGGCUAGACCUAAUGAGGAUGGAGAUGAGGAUGAAGAAGCUGCGGAUGCGAUGGCAGCUUUAGAACGCGAGGCAAGAGCUCCUGUUGGUUUCGUACCGGCAAGCACAGGACCCCAGGGAGGAAAUAUCAAGGAGUCAGCAGUAAUUGUUACAGAGAAUCCAGACGCCAUUGAUAUAGAUGGUAUGGAUGAUGAUUGA